AAGUUCCGGCUGGAAGACUUGUCCACGCUCUCCUGACUCCUCUCUAGCUCUUUUAUCUCACAGCCUUCUCCAAGUCUUGCAUGAGUUUUGCUUCCACUCCUCAGAGGGUCCAAAUAUUCCUUGGUCACCUUUUUCAUUAAAGCACCUUUACGCUACGGGUCGCCAUUAGAGUCAAUCAACAUCCUCCUAGCGAGGAAAGGGAGCCGGGAGCUGCCAGUGCGCCGGGCGUUAUCAUAGAGAGGAAGCCACCUCUCUGGGCUGAGUUUGCAGUCUCUAUGGUUCAGCUGAGAUGGUGGCGGUAAGGGGAACACAGUAAGGCCGCACUGCGCAGGCGCAGUCGGCUUCUCACUUUUUUUUUUUUUUUUUUUUUAAUCCCCGCACCAAGCGCUUAACCUCAUUGGGGUGGAGGAGAAGGCGGCGGCUGUCCGGUCCGCAGCCCCAACAGUUGUGAAUAAUAGAGCUAAUGGACUGCUGAACUAUGAAGGAUUUCAGACCUAGUCGUGGGUCAUCACUCCACCACUCUCGCCUUUAUCGCCUACUAGUUAUUUAAAUUGGACUUUUAAUAUCCGACCAGCUGCUCUUCAGACACACAUGGUGCAUUGCUGCCAUUCCCCGGAUUGCAUCUUUGAAACACACACUCUUAGUAGCCUUCAGCGAACAAAGAGGCCACCUCCCGGUACAGCUACCGGGAGGGAGUCAUCCUGACCGCCCCCUAGCCUUGGCCGGAUCUGGAUUUGAAUCCUACCAUGGAACCUCGAAUGGAGUCCUGUCUGGCCCAGGUGCUGCAGAAGGAUGUGGGGAAACGGCUGCAGGUUGGCCAGGAACUAAUAGACUAUUUCUCAGACAAGCAGAAGUCUGCUGACCUUGAGCAUGACCAGACCAUGUUAGAUAAGCUUGUGGAUGGACUCGCUACCUCUUGGGUGAACUCUAGCAAUUACAAGGUGGUUCUACUGGGCAUGGACAUCCUGUCUGCACUGGUGACAAGGCUGCAGGACCGGUUCAAGGCGCAAAUUGGCACAGUGUUGCCAAGUCUGAUAGACAGACUGGGAGAUGCUAAGGACUCCGUGAGGGAGCAAGACCAAGCCCUGCUGCUAAAGAUCAUGGAUCAAGCUGCUAACCCCCAGUACGUGUGGGACAGGAUGCUCGGAGGUUUCAAACACAAGAACUUCCGCACGAGAGAGGGCAUCUGCCUCUGCCUUAUUGCAACACUCAAUGCCUCUGGGGCACAGACUCUAACACUAAGCAAGAUUGUGCCACAUAUAUGUAACUUACUGGGAGACCCCAACAGCCAGGUUAGAGAUGCAGCAAUAAACAGUCUGGUGGAGAUUUACAGACAUGUAGGCGAACGUGUGCGGGCAGACCUCAGUAAGAAAGGGCUGCCACAGUCCCGGUUGAAUGUCAUUUUUACAAAAUUUGAUGAAGUCCAAAAGUCUGGAACUAUGAUACAGUCUGCAAAUGAUAAAAACUUUGAUGAUGAGGAUUCUGUGGAUGGAAACAGGCCUUCUUCUGCCAGCUCCUCCUCAUCCAAGGCCCCGUCUAGUUCCCGGAGGAAUGUUAGCAUGGGGACAACCCGUCGGCUUGUGUCCUCCAGUCUUGGAUCUAAGUCUUCAGCUGCAAAAGAAGGUGCUGGUGCUGUGGAUGAAGAGGAUUUUAUUAAAGCCUUUGAUGAUGUGCCCGUAGUGCAGAUUUACUCCAGCCGAGACCUCGAGGAAUCCAUAAACAAAAUUAGAGAAAUCCUGUCAGAUGACAAGCAUGACUGGGAACAGAGAGUCAAUGCUCUAAAAAAGAUGAGGUCGUUGCUCUUGGCUGGGGCUGCCGAGUACGAUAACUUCUUUCAACACUUGCGUCUUCUGGAUGGAGCCUUCAAACUCUCUGCUAAGGACCUGCGGUCUCAGGUAGUGCGGGAAGCUUGCAUCACAUUGGGGCAUCUGUCAUCAGUUCUGGGAAAUAAGUUUGAUCAUGGAGCUGAAGCCAUUAUGCCAACUAUCUUUAAUUUAAUCCCAAACAGUGCCAAAAUUAUGGCUACUUCUGGUGUUGUAGCUGUGAGGCUAAUCAUUCGGCACACGCACAUCCCUCGGCUAAUUCCUGUCAUAACAAGCAACUGUACCUCGAAGUCUGUCGCAGUUAGAAGGCGCUGUUUUGAAUUUUUAGAUUUGCUUCUACAAGAAUGGCAGACACAUUCACUGGAAAGACACAUAUCAGUAUUAGCGGAAACGAUAAAGAAAGGAAUCCACGAUGCCGAUUCUGAAGCAAGAAUAGAAGCCAGAAAAUGCUACUGGGGUUUCCACAGUCACUUCAGCCGAGAAGCAGAGCACUUGUACCACACGCUGGAGUCCUCCUACCAGAAGGCCCUGCAGUCCCACCUGAAGAACUCGGACAGCAUUGUGUCUCUGCCUCAGUCAGACCGAUCCUCAUCCAGCUCUCAGGAGAGUCUCAACCGGCCCCUUUCUGCCAAGAGAAGUCCCACCGGCAGCACCACAUCCAGAGCCUCUACAGUUAGUACCAAAUCUGUGUCAACGACAGGAUCCCUCCAGCGAUCUCGAAGCGAUAUUGACGUCAACGCAGCAGCCAGUGCCAAAUCCAAAGUCUCCUCAUCCUCGGGCUCCACCGCCUUCAGCUCUGCAGCAGCGUUGCCUCCAGGGUCUUAUGCAUCUUUAGAAUCCAGACACGUGAGGGAAGACUUGGAGUACGUAGGCCUGGAUGCAGGUCGGAUCCGUACCAGACGGCAAAGCUCUGGGAGUGCCACCAAUGUCGCCUCCACACCCUCGGAUAGUCGGGGCCGCAGUCGCGCCAAAGUGGUUUCACAGUCUCAGCCUGGCAGCCGGUCAAGUUCCCCAGGGAAGCUGUUGGGAAGCGGCUAUGGUGGUCUUGCUGGGGGUUCCUCAAGAGGCCCACCUGUAACACUGUCUUCAGAAAAACGAAGCAAGAUCCCCAGGAGUCAGGGAUGUAGCCGAGAAACAAGUCCUAACCGCAUUGGAUUAGCACGGAGCAGCCGUAUCCCCCGACCCAGCAUGAGUCAGGGGUGCAGCCGCGAUACCAGCCGUGAGAGCAGCCGCGAUACAAGCCCUGCUCGGGGCUUCACUCCACUCGAUCGGUUUGGGCUGGGCCAGUCAGGAAGAAUCCCUGGUUCCGUGAAUGCCAUGCGAGUAUUGAGCACCAGCACAGACCUAGAAGCUGCCGUGGCUGAUGCGCUGCUGUUAGGAGACGCCAGGAGCAAGAAGAAGCCUGUGAGGAGGAGGUACGAGCCCUAUGGAAUGUACUCUGACGAUGACGCCAACAGCGACGCCUCCAGUGUGUGCUCUGAGCGCUCAUAUGGCUCCAGGAACGGUGGCAUUCCUCAUUAUCUGCGGCAGACUGAGGACGUAGCCGAAGUUCUCAACCACUGUGCUAGUUCCAACUGGUCCGAAAGGAAAGAGGGGCUCCUGGGCCUGCAGAACUUACUGAAGAGCCAAAGAACACUGAGUCGAGUAGAAUUGAAGAGAUUGUGUGAGAUUUUCACCCGAAUGUUUGCUGACCCUCACAGCAAGAUUGCUGAUUCAGAAGCAGAAUGUGAGGAUAAAGAAGGAAAUUUGUUUCCAUCAGAAGGCUCUUGUCCAAGAGUUUUCAGUAUGUUUUUGGAGACCCUUGUGGAUUUUAUAAUCAUUCAUAAGGAUGACUUGCAAGACUGGCUUUUCGUCCUUCUCACACAAUUACUGAAGAAAAUGGGAGCAGACUUACUUGGAUCUGUGCAAGCGAAAGUUCAGAAGGCACUGGAUGUCACCAGGGAUUCUUUUCCAUUUGAUCAACAAUUUAACAUUUUAAUGAGAUUUAUUGUGGAUCAGACUCAAACUCCAAACCUCAAGGUCAAAGUCGCAAUCCUGAAAUACAUCGAGUCUCUGGCCAGGCAGAUGGACCCCACAGAUUUUGUAAACUCCAGCGAAACAAGGCUUGCUGUUUCUAGAAUCAUAACAUGGACUACAGAACCAAAGAGUUCAGACGUGAGAAAGGCAGCACAGAUUGUGCUCAUCUCUCUGUUUGAAUUGAACACUCCUGAAUUUACCAUGUUACUUGGUGCCUUGCCAAAAACAUUCCAGGAUGGUGCCACCAAACUCCUGCAUAACCACCUCAAGAACUCCAGUAACACCGGUGUGGGAUCUCCAAGCAAUACAAUUGGCCGGACGCCUUCCCGACACCCCAGCAGCAGGACCAGCCCCCUGACCUCACCCACCAACUGUUCCCAUGGGGGACUCUCUCCAAGCAUGCUGGACUAUGACACAGAGAACCUGAACUCUGAAGAGAUCUACAGCUCUUUGCGUGGAGUCACAGAAGCCAUCGAAAAGUUCAGCUUCCGAAGCCAAGAGGACCUGAAUGAGCCAAUUAAGCGAGAUGGCAAGAAGGAUUGUGAUAUUGUGUCCCGAGAUGGGGGAGCAGCCUCACCUGCCACCGAGGGCCGGGGAGGUGGUGAGGUGGAAGGAGGCAGGAUGGCUUUGGACAACAAGACCUCCCUGCUCAACACGCAGCCUCCACGUGCCUUCCCGGGGCCACGAGCACGGGAGUAUAACCCGUAUCCCUACUCGGACACCAUCAACACCUACGACAAGACGGCGCUGAAGGAGGCAGUCUUUGACGAUGACAUGGAGCAGCUCCGAGAUGUGCCCAUUGACCACUCGGACCUGGUGGCUGACUUGCUGAAAGAGCUGUCCAACCACAACGAGCGUGUGGAGGAGCGCAAGGGUGCGCUGCUGGAGCUGCUCAAGAUCACCAGGGAGGACAGCCUGGGCGUGUGGGAGGAGCACUUCAAGACCAUCCUGCUGCUGCUGCUGGAAACUCUAGGGGACAAGGAUCACUCCAUCCGAGCUCUGGCACUGAGAGUUUUACGGGAGAUUCUGAGAAACCAACCAGCAAGAUUCAAAAACUACGCAGAACUGACUAUCAUGAAGACCCUGGAAGCCCACAAAGACUCCCACAAAGAGGUGGUGAGAGCUGCCGAGGAGGCUGCAUCCACACUAGCCAGCUCCAUCCACCCCGAGCAGUGCAUCAAAGUGCUGUGCCCAAUCAUCCAGACAGCCGACUACCCCAUCAACCUGGCUGCCAUCAAGAUGCAGACAAAAGUGGUGGAGAGGAUCACCAAGGAGUCCUUGCUGCAGCUCCUUGUCGACAUCAUCCCAGGCCUGCUGCAGGGUUACGACAACACUGAGAGCAGUGUACGGAAGGCCAGCGUGUUUUGCUUAGUGGCAAUCUAUUCCGUAAUCGGAGAAGAUCUGAAACCUCACCUUGCACAGCUCACAGGGAGCAAGAUGAAGCUCCUCAACCUUUAUAUCAAGAGGGCCCAGACCACCAACAGCAACAGCAGCUCCUCCUCCGAUGUGUCCACACACAGCUAGUGGCCGUGCCGGUCUGUGAACCCACGCGGUGGCACCUCUGCGACUCCCCAUCAGCUGUCUAGUCCCUUCGAGGAGGCCGCACAUAAUUUAUUACAAUCAGUAUUUUGGUCCCUUCCAGCUUUUGUGUAGAUUUUGCUGGUAUUGAAUGUAACGGGAGCAAGGCCUGUUAUGCAGUUUCCCUAGAAACAAAAGAACUGAGAACAGAGCCACACUCACACGUGUCUUGCACCGCCUGCUGACAUCACCAAACCAUGGAGGGCACAGUUCUUAGGACCCAGAGCUCUCCAGCCUGUGCUUGGUACACAGUAGCAUAUUUUUUCAGCCCACAGACCUGGGGGUGGUUUGGGGUGUUGCUGUGUUCUUUAUGUCUAUGUUCCUAGAGCGUGGUCAGAUGGGACAAGACCCCCACCUGUGGUCCACCUGGCCCUGAGAGAGGCUGUGUGUGUCUUUAGGUUUUGUCUUACGAGAACUUGUCAAAGUGGACCGCAGCCUGGGCACAAAAAGGACAACAACCUGGAGCUGGCCUCAUGCCAAACAGGCUGCACAGGAGCCAGGCCUGCCUUUGGGGACAGAAAUCAGUAAUGCCACCAAAAUUUUCAUGGUUGCAUUAAAUAAAAGGUGACUGCAGAAUGCCAAGAUUGGAAACAGGCUUGCAUUGUGUUUCCUUCCCAGGGAAUCACUGGCCUAACCUCUUGAAGGUCUUUUGACCCAGCAACUAAUGUAGAGUCUGGCUAAAUAUAUUUUGAUUAAAAUUCUUAAGCCAAAUGACAAUUCUUAAUGCAAUCAUGCAAACUUUUUUAGGCUGACCUUGGACUUGGUAUCCUCUUGCCUCUAGCCUCCAAAAUACUGGGUUUAUAGAUAUGGGCCACAAGCCCAGCAAAAAGAUUCUUUGGGGGAGUUAAUUUUAGCAAAGCAUGUGCCCUUGCAGUGCAGAGCCCACUUCAGCUACCAGAGAUGAAAGGAGAGGUUAGGCACUGAAUUCUCAGCCCUGAUUCCAGCACUGCUCUCUGACCUACCAAAUGAUUUGGUUGGCCAUGGUGGCGCACACCUUUAAUCCCAGCACUUGGGAGGCAGAGGCAGGUGGAUUUCUGUGAGUUCUAAUCCAGCCUUGUAUACAGAGUCAGUUCCAGGACAGCUGGGGCUAUAUAGACUCUGUCUCAAGAAACAAUCAAAAAGAGGUAGGAAGGUUGAGAAAGACCUAUGCUGUAUUUAGAAAUACACUGAAAAUGAAGGCCGUGUGUGUGUGUGUGUGUGUGUGUGUGUGUGUGAAGAGUGGCUCACACGUGUAACUGCCCCCACUGCUGCUGUCCGGAGAACUCAGGGGUGCAUUUUAAGGAUUUGCUAUUAUUGACUGGUCUGAAAUCAAAAUUUAGCAGGCCAGACCUUCAUUUUAGUUAAAAAAAAAAAAAAAAAGAAAGAAAAAAGAAAAAAAUCCUGUCUGUUAAGGGUUCAUUAAUGAAAUUCCUUCUCACCCUCCACCAGGGUCCCUGUGUUGUAGCCACUGCCCUGUAGAAUUGUGCAUCUUGGCCCGGUUACUUAGGAGUUCUCUUAUGCCUAAUGCAGUUAGAAGGGCCCUUCUCUGGAGUUCUCUGCCCCACAGAUGGUCACCAUGUCCCCACCGUAACUGGACAGUUCCAGAAUAUUGCCUGAUUUCCUCAUGGCACUCACGAAGGGCUAGCCUCGAAUGUCAUGUGCCCUCUUCCACCUGAGUAGAAAGAAUACAGUCAUUUCACAGGUCUCUUGGGCUCAAUCUGAAGACUGCUGCCCACAAUGCUGAGGAGACUCGCAUGCCAUCACCACCUCACGGAGGGCGACUGCGCCGCUCCGGAACCCUGACAGCUACUGCUGCCUUGCCUUGCCUCCACCUCCCCAAAGAACUCUGCUGGAAGCACCUAGACCCGGAAGGACUCUUCACGGCUCCCAGAACUGUGUUUGCCUCCCCAUCUAUCUUGACUAUCCAGGGCCUUGAAACCCCCUACCCUGUAUCCAGGGGGACUGCUCAUCUGACUUCCUGCUUCCUGGCAAGCUGCCCCUCCCUUACUGGACAGGCGCUCUCCAGGUACACUGGUGUGCUGUGCGGCCCUGGUGCCCACAGAUGGCCUGGGCCCGCCCGCCGUAUCUAUGGCUCACUACUAGCUUAUCACCACCUGUGCAGCUCACGCGGCAGGUUUGUCUCAGACGUCUUCUGUUUCUUUCUCUGCCACCCUUAUGGAAACUCACACUUUAAAAGACAGCAGAUUAGAACUUCGUAGACCCCCAACCAGGACUCUGCUAACAAUGUUUGGAAGAAAUAAAUGCUCUGAAAA